CUAUCAUGAAAGAACCAACGUCUGUGAACUAACCUACAGGGAGGUGAUGCGCGACACCCCAAAUCCAACGGUAACAAGUAGCAAGCAGUCCCAGAGGAAGAAGGAUCCGUGUUGGAACUAUCCAUGUUCAGAUGUGCAGAUGUGUGUCCCGGUUCAGGCUGGGGACGACUACGUGUGCUCAGGGCUCGAAAUAGACUGUGGUCAGCCAGCUGAGGUGGCGUCAUCUAAGGUCAGCUUCGCAGCCACAUCUUACGGAGCCAUUGCCCACUACACGUGCCUUUCUGGCUACACAGCUUCCCCGAACACAACUAACAACACUAUGUGUACCUCAGUCGGAGUCUGGCACAAUAAUACGGUGUCCUGUGCACCGGUCGAUUGCGGCCUUCCACCCAUCAGGACUAACGCCAUGGAGGAGCAUCCCGCGACUACCUUCGGCUCCGGGGCCACCUACACCUGCAACGUGGGCUACAUCAACACAGGAACUCCUGCCACAGCCACCUGUAACGAAAACAAGGCCUGGGUGAAGGCAGGGAAUGAAUGUCAACCUGUGGACUGUCUGGAUCCUGCUCCUAUUGCCAAUGCUGACGUUUCUCUGACCACUGCGGGCCUCAGUCUGUACCAGGCCAGAGCUCAACAUACCUGCCAUGUUGGAUACAUCUUGAUGGGAGGAAACGGAAUGAUCACCUGUCUCAGCACUGCCCAGUGGUCCUCAGGGCCUGAACAUUGUCAAUAUAGAUGUGACGCUGAUGCCAGAUACGUUUCGGAAGGUGACUGCCUGAUUGCGUUAGAGGGUAUAGAUACAUGGAACACAUUUGUUGAGAGAUGCAAGUCACUUACGUUCAGGGGACAAACGUAUCGCCUGCUGACAAUAAAAACUAUGGCAAAAUACAAAGACGUACAGACGUUUCUAGCGACCGCCACUGGUAUGUUGAUUUAUUUCUGUUUUAUUAGAUUGAUGACUGGGGAUGUGUGA